CGAAAAUAUAUAUUAUUGCCUCUGGAAAACCUAGCGCGCACACACACACACAUCUUCUCCAUGGAAGGAUCCGUCAUCAAAUGGCAUGGUGAGCAGGAUUUGCGUUGAGGGAUACGACACUUCGCUUCAUGCCUAUGAUUUGGUAAUCUCUAUGAGAAAACACUUCGCUUCUUGUGGAGAGGUGAUACAUGUUUAUACUCCCGGAUACGCUGACACCCGUAAACUCUACAGAUUUGCCUUGGUUUAUCUUCGCGGAGAGGAUGCAGAAGAGAAGGCGUUGAAACUUAGUGGAAGCAGCAUGGAAGGACGACACACGAUAGUCGUUAAGGCCUACCCGUUUGGUGCCAACAACCUUGACUCUGAGUUGGCUCCUAUGAGAGACGCAGACAAUCGCCAACAUUACAUGAUGGGAGUUAGGGGAUAUGCCAGUUCGCUUCCUGUGGAUGAUGUCGAGGACAUGCUGAUGAAACAUUUCUCUGAAUGUGGACAUAUGGUUCGUAUUUCUGUUGGCCCCAGCAUGGCUUACCUUACUCUCGAGGGACAAGACACAACGGAGACGGCGCUGCAACUUGGUGGGGAAGGAAUGGAGAAAUUGGAAGUUUAUCGGGUUGUGCCGCCAAAUAUUUACUCCACACCUAACAUAAUGCCACCCUGGUUUUAUGAAGAUCGUCCUCUUGCUAGGAGAGUUGCUCGUAUAAUCCGUGUGCCGUGGAUGAAUCUUAAGGAUUUUUGGUAUCAGAUACGAGCUCCUCCCGAGCUUUCUGCUGAGGAUUUGAAAAGAUCGAUUCGAGAGACCCCUGUAUAUCCCGAGAUAUUUGACUGAACUCCGUUCGGUUAAUUUAUCAUUUUGUGAACGUGUGUGUGGAGCCAAGUCGCUAUUACCUCUUAAUGUUUCUAAUGUUUUUGUUUAUGUAUUAAAACAUGGUUCUUCCUUUGUUGAUUGCUUUCAGUUAUCAGAAAAAAAAAUAUAUAUAUAUAUCUCGC